AUGAUACAUAAAAUCCUGGUGUUCAAGAUCAAGAUUGAUAAGUUCCUUGUCAUGGUAAUUUUUAAUCCAGAAAAUCAAGUGGCUUUUACCGGGGUACCCGGAGAUGGAGAAUGGAUUUGGAUUAGCAAUCCAGGAAAGCUACUUUUCAGAGACAUCUCUUACUUACGAGGCCAAGAUCAAGUAUACGCACUUUGUGAUGAUGGCUCACUUGUUAGGAUAGAGUUUGCUUUCCACAACAUAUCAGGUAAAAUGAGUUCUACAGUCAAUGAAUUAGUGAAGUUGAUGGAGUUUUCUGGGCCUCUUUCUGCAAAAGUUGAGCUCAUUGCUGCCCAUCCCAUAGGUGAAUCGGUCGGGCCUCUGCCUGAAAUGGAAAGGACAGGCAGAGCAUACUUGGUUGCAUCACCUGACGAUGAUCUGUUCGGGGUUUUCCGCUACAGCGAAGAUAUGGGGUCUGAUCAAAGAACGGCGGAGUUUGCAGUGUACAAGUUCAAUCCUCGAGGCGUCGGGUGGGAAAGUGUAAUCAGUAUUAGGGACAAGGCCUUUUUCGUUGGCAACAACACCUCAUGGAGCAUUUUUUCUGCAAACACUGUUAAUUGCAGGAAGAAUAGGAUCUACUUUACGGAUGACAAUUGGGAGCUAGAGUGGUUGCACAAUAUCCAGGGUCUUGACAUUGGCGUUUAUGACAUGGAAACGCGAAGAACUGAAGGCCUUGGUUUUGGUGUGUCAACUUCAACUUCUUCACUCGUCCGCUCAACUUGGAUAACGCCUGGUUUGACCCCAAACGCUUUUCGUUAG